AUGGCUCCCGGAAGCGCAAUCAGUAUAAGCUACCAAGAUCAGAUCAAGAGCAACUGCCGCAUGUAUCUUGGCCGUGAUGCCAAACUACACAUCAUCACCGCCUUGGAUGCAAAGCACUCGCCCCCCUGGGCAGCAUACCUGAUGCAAAGUGACGCUCGAGGCCAAGUGUGUGUGCUUUCCGCCGAGGGAAACACGGUACAGGCCGUCUUCACCAAGAUGCACCAUGAAUCUGCUCGCGCCGUGCAGCGCCACGUCCAGGCCAAUGGGUUCCAGAGCGCCGAGGGCCCCAAGCAGCAGAAGGCCAAGAGUCGUCGAGGGAAAUCCCUCCCAAACUACGAGGACUACCUUGACUCGCCUUCCGGCAGCGAGGACGAAGGCCACAUGUCUGACGCUUCGACAGGUUCAACACGGAGCAGCGUCGUCUCGUCCAGGUCCAGCGCCCCGAUCCUCACGCCGCCUGCCUCGACGAACUCGACGGUGGCAUCACCAGAACGGACCCUUGCUGCCGGUUCAGGCUUUUUUCCCGUCAUGAUGAAUCCUGUGCCGCCCCUCGGUGUCCCUGUGCCACCUCCGGGAUGGCCCAGUCGAUACAACACGGCAACGCAUCCUCCCCCUCCGCUGCCGCCGCUUCCUUAUCCAUGCGGUGCCACACAUCCCAUGAUACUGACGCUCAAAUCCAAGGCCUACGGCGAGCUCAUGGUUCUGGAUAGAUGCAGUCUGAACUAUGCCGUCAUCCUCGCGCGGGUCUCCGAGGUUCUGCUCGAGCGGUUCCAUGAAUUCCCCAGGGCGCUCGUGGCCCUGCCUUCCAGGCUGCAGAUUCGACAGAUGCGCCUGGAGAUGGAGAGUGUCACGGUCAACGGGGAAAAGUAUGUCCUGGGUGGCGGACCCUGGGAUUUGUCGGCGUUGCCAUUGGGUCCGGCACCCAAGGGUCUGAAUAUUGUGCUGUCCGUCGAGGACGGGGCGAGCGGGUGA